AUGCGUGGAAAACGAAGCAAACAGUAUCGGAAGUUGAUGAACCAGUAUUCUUUGAGCUGGGGAUUCCGCGAACCGUAUCAAUGCCUGGUUGACGCCGAGAUGGUGGUCGACUGCCACAACUUCAGAUAUGACCUGCUCGCCGGACUCGAGCGCACGUUGCACGGCAAGGUCAAGCCAAUGAUCACACAAUGCGAAAUUCGCAAGUUGUAUCUGCGCAAGAACGAGCCCGACAUGAACAAAAUUAUCGACUUCGCCAAGACAUUGGAGCGCAGACGGUGCGGUCAUUUGCCUGAGGACUACCCCGAGCCCCUGAGCACGAUGGAUUGCAUGAAGGCUGUUGUCGAUCCCAAAGGAAACCUCGUCAAUAAGCACCGCUACUGUGUUGCUAGCCAGUCGGCCGAUGUGCGUCGAAUGCUUCGCGAAAUCCCCGGUGUACCGCAAAUUUACAUCAAGCGGUCGGUCAUGAUCCUCGAGCCCAUGGCGACGGAGAGCAUUGCCAUCAGGACCAAGGAGGAGAAGAGCAAAUUUCGCGAUGGGCUCGUCAGACCCGAAAGGAAGAGGAAGCGCGGGGAGGAUGAGGACGAUGAUGAGAGCGGGAAGGAAGGAAAGUCGGUCGCCAGCGGGGGCCAGGAUAAGAAAAGCCACAAGAAGAAGGGGCCUAAGGGGCCGAACCCCUUGGCGGUCAAGAAGUCUAAGAAGGCCACAGAAGGUGGCGCGAAACAGAAGACUGAGCCGCGACUGGCAACAGGCGCAGGCGCGGGUGCGGGCGAGGGCGGCGGCGAGGGCGAGGGCGAGGGUGAGGGACCCGCGAAGAAGAAGCGUAGGAGACGACAAAAGAAUCAGACUGGCGACGUGGAGUCGGGCGCGCCGGCUACCCAGGACGAGGCCACGGCAGAGCAGGCGGCGGAAAGCUCGUAA